AGGACCCUCCCCUUACUCAGGGGGACCAGGAGCCAGCACAAGGACAAAUCGUUUCAUGUUGUUCCCCAGCCAUGGUUUCUCAGCGCUGCCUGCUCGCUGCGAGGGAUGGAGACCUGGAGGCACUAAACAGCCUGGAGGCCAGCGGUAAGCUGAACGAGAGCAUCGAGGAUCAGCUGGGAGCCAGCCCGGUCCACCACGCCGCCAGGGCGGGCAGGUUGGACUGUCUGAAAUUCCUCGUCACCCAGGCGAAGCUGCCGGCGAACAAGCGAGCGAGAAACGGAGCGACUCCCUGCCACGAUGCCGCUGCCACCGGGAACAUCGAGGCGCUGCAGUGGCUGACCCGGGUCGCUGGCUGUGACAUCCGUGCCUGCGAUGACCACGGCGCAUCUGCCCUCCACCUGGCAGCUCGGUUUGGCCAACUGGAUACGGUCCAGUGGUUGCUACAGGAGGGCUGCGACGCCAUGAUGGAGACGGACAAUGGCGCAGUGCCAGCACACUACGCAGCAGCAAAGGGAGAUUUGUCUUGUUUGAAACUCCUCAUCGCCCACGCUCCAAGGGCUCUGAAUAAACAGACUCAGAAUGGUGCCACACCUCUCUACCUGGCCUGUCAAGCAGGCCACCUUCAUAUUGCUGAGUACCUGGUGAAAGAGUGCAAAGCCAACUUGGACCUACGAGCUCAUGAUGGCAUGACAGCUCUCCAUGCGGCUGCCCAGAUGGGGCACUGUGCCCUGGUGGUGUGGUUGAAAUCCUUCACAGAUAUUGACCUGUCUGCACAGGACAAUGAGGGAGCAACUGCAAUGCACUUUGCUGCCAGUGGAGGGCAUGUUGGGACCUUGGACCGAUUAAUAAGGAUGGGGGCAAGGAUCCUAAAGGACCACUGGGGUGGGACACCCCUACAUGAUGCUGCUGAGAAUGGACAACUGGAGUGUUGCCAGAUCCUCAUCAUGAAUCAAGUGGAUCCCACCAUUCGAGAUGAUGAUGGCUAUACUGCAGCAGAGCUGGCCGAUUACAAUGGGAAUGUGGAAUGUGCCAACUACUUGAAGCAUGUUGAGAAAAUGCCGGCACCAGCUGACCCUCCAGCUUCUGUUCAGAGACACGAAUCGUUUCGAAAAACAAAGAACAUUGUGAGGCAGCAGAGCGGUGGUGACUACUACAGAUCCAUCAACGAGGGGAGCAGGGAGUCACGUGACGUUCAGAAAGGAAUGGAGCAUGGCAAGAAUACAAUUCUGGUGAAACCCACAUCUGCUCAAACAUCUCCACCGCAGCUGCCCCCACCAUUCCCCUCAAAACCAGCAGCCCCUGAGUUACCAAGGCAGAACCAUCCGAACCCAAGUGGUGGGAAACCCUUCAACACAGGACAUCUCAUCGAAAACAUCCAUGCAAGCCUCAUAGACGAGCUCAAGUUAGGAAAGACAUUAAAACCUACGGGUUUUGGUCAGAAUGUGGCUCAGACAAGCGAAAGCCGAACGUCCGAACAGAAGCCAAAAGAGAAUGGAUUAGCAUCACUCCCUGUGAAUGAGGUUGCCAGCACCGAUGUUGAUUUGCUGGUGCCCACUCAUGAUGAGAAGGGAUGUCCCAUCCCGGAGUGGAAACGGCAAGUGAUGGUACGAAAACUACAGGCACGACUCAGGGAUGAAGAAGAGCAACGGAGAAAGCGCAUCGGAAAUGGUUAUCUACAGACGGAGAUAUGGAGGUACUCCCAGGAACACAACGCCAUACUGGGCCCAUUUGGAGAGCUUCUGACAGAGGAAGACCUUAUCUAUCUGGAGAAGCAGAUCGAGACAGUCCAAGUCAUGCAGAAGUGCCAGGGGUACGAGGGGGAGCUGAAUCACUUGGCAGUACAGCUACGAACCAUUCUCCCUGCUCCCAUAGUCAAUCUAACAGUCAGCAUUCAGCCUUUGUGUCAGGAUUCAAGCAUGGAUAAGCACUUGUCUUUGCCUGUGUGGUGCAGCAGGAUAUCUGGCAUUGUGAGGACUGUGUCACUGCUCCUGUCAAAUCUGAAUGAAAAAGACUGCGCUGAGCAACACAACAGCAAGCAAAUCACUAGAAUGCCAAAUGUGGAAUUAGCGGCUGUCUUCUCACCAAAGCCUGACCAAAUGUCUUCAAGAAACAAAGUGGAGAAAGAGAUCCAGCAGUUCGGUGUCUCCGUACGCACACUCAAAGCAAACUUUGAAAAGCAGUGUGUGAUGAAAGAAAAAGCAUUGGCACACUCUGACACACAAGAAAAUCAGAGAGGUAUGGCGAAGGAGGACGAGAGCAAUGGGGGGUCUUACUCCAAGUCUUCUGAAUGUGGAGAUGGGACUGAAAGUACAGAGAUUACUCAUGAUGGUGCCCUCCAUGAUGAAGAUGGAUCCCUGCAUGAGGUUAUCACGAGGGCUCAGCAGAGUGAGUCAUGUAAUGAACAGUUGCCUGAUCCUGAGCAGUCAGGAAGGAUGGAGGACAGAAGUGACUCAAGAGUUGCUUCACAGGCUGAUAUAGCUGAAGACGGCACUGCACGUUCACUUGUGACAGAAUCGACUAGUUUGAGAAAAGAAAGAAUAGUUGUGUUAUUCCUGGGUCACUGGAAAAAGUCAACUUAUGCCAUGUCUUUGGGAAUGAAAGCCAGAAACCUGUGUAAAGCUGCCAUUGUUGAAGACAGGAGUGAAGCACCAGAUGGUGGUGAGAUGGCUGAAACAGGCGAGAGUAGUCAAACACCAGAGCUGGAAAUGCAGCUUCAACAUCAAUCUAAGCAAUCCAUACAAAAUGGAAAAUUUAGGCAUCUGUUCCUACAGCAAAGGACUAUCACCAAACUCAUUAGUAAUUGGAGAAAUAUCAUAUCCCAUGUUCCAUCCAGACAGAUCAGGCGACUGAACCGGCAGAGGAUCACCUACUCCCCUGAGCAAUUUCUCCCUCGUGUCAAUGGUGUUCCCAUUGAUCACAAUAGUCUGACCCUUGACCUUUUCAUGCUGGGAUACUUCCACAUCCUCGAACUCGACUUGCCCCCAGAUGAAAGGAAGAUGAGACAUCUUCUGUGCUUUGAGGUGUUUGACCACUUAGGGAAGUUCAGUUGGGACUUGGUCCGUGCGUUCCAUAAGGCCGUCAUCGAGGAGAUAGACGCUGGCAAAAGGGAAUGGAAGGAUGGGUUUGACGACAUUAAGCAAAGGUUCUUCAGCAACCCUGAAAGCAUGGCGGCUGCCAUGAGCUCGUCCACCCAGCCUGAGACAGCUAUGAGAACAGUGCCUAAAGUUGUCGUGCAAAGUGCCACACCUGAAGAGGAUGAAAUGUCCAAAGGGCAAGGCUACUCCUCAGACCUCGGAGGUUUCAGCAACGAUGAGAUUUGCAAGUACAUUGACAGAAGCUUUGCUUUCUGGAAGGACAAGGAAGCUGAAAUUUUUGAUUUUAAGUAGCUUCAGGCUAAUUGUCCAUCCAAUGGUGUGGUUAGAAUUCCUACAGCUAUUGGGAGAAUAGUUGGGUCAGUUCUCUGGCCAAAUGGAUUUAAGUUUCAUAAAAUUGGGCCUUUGUGACCUAGAAUAAAGGGAACACUUUUUUUUUUGGUGCUAGUAUAGCCUUUUAUUGACUGCAUUAUGUUGAGUCCUGACUAGUGCCCCGUUAACUAUAAUGUAAUGUUGACAAACCACCUAACCAGCAGAACCCUGUAACCCACGUUUCAUAAUGAACAGAAGCCAAUUCUCCCCUCUCCCUAAUGACUGUACCAUUACAAUAACCUCAAACCUUACUUGCACUCUGUCCAUGUAUGUAGCUAAAAUAAUUGUGUAAU